AUGUCGGACUCCGGCGGCGAAUCACCUGUGGAAAACCUGAUUGGACCUCCGUCGGAAGGGAAUAUUCCGAUAUCAAGUGGCCCAAUCGACUGGAGCAUUCCCUGGACGGACUACGCGGUACAGCAAGCACAAAUUGCGAAGAAGACAGUCGAAAGCACCGUAGAGAACGCAGUCGAUGUCACCAGAUCGCGCGUUGAUCGCGUGCUCACCACCUCGUCGGCGCAUUUCAAUCAAACGAUGGAUUCUUUGCAAGACGUGAAGUCUGAAUAUAUCAAAUAUGAGGAUAUCGUUUUCGGGAAGAUUAAAGAGGGUUUUCUUUAUGCCUAUUCACGGCCCCUGAUUACAACGGGAGCUGUUCUUGGAGUGGGAUUUUUUGGUCUAAAAAGGACCAGACAAUUCUUGUCCUACAGCACAAGGCGCCUCUUUUUCAGUGAAGAGACAUUGCUCGCUAGAGCUGAUGCAAAAGUCAAUAAUUUGCGGGAAUCAAUAGAUCUUUUGAAGGCUGAAAGCGUAAAGCUAGAGAAAAAGGCGUUGCAAGCUGAAGAAGACUUGGUGAGAGGGAGAACCAAGCUAAGACAAGCUGGAAAGCAAAUACAGGGUGUCAUCAACUCUGCCUACAAGAUAGAAAGGCAAGCAAGAGGCUUGAAGGAUGUUCUCAGUGAGCUUCCUAGUAUAGAAGCAUCUCGAUUUCGAAGACAAGUUAAAAACCUUGCUAAAGAGGCGAAGAAAGAGAGGAACGCAAUGUCUAAGGAAGUUACGAAGAUUAGCAAUUAUGGGAUCUCAGUCUAA